AAUGGUAAACAUCUCAAGGUCGUCUCCCCUUCUUUUGACUUGGUUGUCACGGACGCCAAAAGGAAUUAAUUGGUUCUGCUAUCCGAUAGCACAUUCUUUCGUGCUAAUAUACCACGACAAAUGUUGACACAGGCGCUCCAUCAGAAAUAAAUGGUUUCAGGCAGUGGUCCGAUACCAACGAUAGACUUGGAAAACUUUGAAGACCCUCAGUUUAGAGAUUCUAAGUAUGUCCUGACAAGUCCGAAGUCACUAGAAGCAUGUUCACGUCUGAGAAUACCUGUAACAAACAUUACUUUUAAGCUUUAUUUCUAGCCUGUUGAUCUUCUAUACAAAAGCAGGGCGGAAUUUCUUGAACGUUUUAAGAAACUUCCGCCUAACAAAAUCGAUGAGUUAUACAUAAAAAGCGAAGAACAGAGAAGAGAUAAGCUUUCAAAGGCAAGAUUAGAAAGAAUUAGAUUGAUAAAAAAUGAAAAGUUUAUGAACGAUAGCACUUCAUUUUCAGAAAAUCAACCAAUAAAUGAUAAAUGUGAAAUCUCACAAUCAACAAGAAAUCUAUUCGCCCAAUCAUCAUCUAGAAAUUUUGAAAAAAUCGCCUAUUUUACACCACAUCUUAAAGAAAGGUAUUCAGAAGUAAUUGAGAAGUUACAACCAGCAGAACUUAAACGAAUUGAAUUAAUUCAGAAUAAAUAUCAACGCGAUAAAAUUAGUUAUCCUGCUACUUCUGGUUGCUUAUCAAGAAGUUUACAGAAUCUCGUUCUCACUGGUCAGGCGUCUAGACCUCAUUCAGCAGUUUCCAGAGGAUUUCAACGGGACAAAAAUAAUACAGCACAAGCACAAAUAUCUGAACGAAGUAUUCCUCGUCGUACAUCAAAUUCAUCACUGGAAAAAGAGAGAAUAUUUUGGGCACGAAGACAUACUCAAGAACAAAUAAAAAACGAUGAAAGAGAGCGCAUACAAAAAUGUUAUGAUGAAAAGUUGAAUAGAAUUGAAAAACAAAGAAACCAAAUCUUAAAAGAAAAAGAACGAAAUAUGACUGAAGCUCAUUAUGAACGUGAACGAAAAUUACGUCAAGUACAAGAAAGAAGAGAACAAUUGAGAAGAAUGAUUGAUGAAUAUAGAAAAGAAUUACAUGAAGCACGUGAACAAUCAAUGCAAAGAGCUCUUGAACGUGUAUCUUCCAGAUUAUCUGAAGAACAGCAAAGGUUGGCUUUAGAACGAAGACAGAAACAGAUGCAAGUUGAAGAAAAUACAAAAGAGAUACAACGAAGGGAAGAAGAACUUCGUAAAGCAACUGAAAUGGCUCUACAGCAAAAAGAUGAACAUGUACGUCGACUAAUUGAAGAAAAGGAGGCUAGAAUUCAAGAAUCAAGAAAUUUAGCAUUAGCAGCUGAACGUUUACGUGAAGAAAUGAUGAGGGUUUACAACUUGGAUAGUUUUGACAAAAAGUUCAAAAAGUCACUUUAAUCAACGACAUGGGUUUAAAUGGAAGACAGUAAACCUUCAUUUCUUCAUUAUAUUUCAAAGAAACAAAAUACACGAUAGAAUAUUUGAUGAAUAAUGGCGUCUAAACAAUGGGAUAUUGAUAGCUAGCAUGUAUACAUUCUGUAUUCCCCUGAUCUUCACGCAUAAAACAGACAAUACACACAUACAUGACAGGGAAAAAGCUAAUUCCAAUGUAAUUUGACUUUAUAUUGCUUUCAUUCGGUAUAUUUUAUUACCAUUCACCUUCUAUACCGUGCACAUAUUCAAUCUUAUUCACGUAAGAAUUUAGGUAAUUCAAGUUAGCUAGCUGACUUAGUUAUGGGGUUAAACAAGAUCCCCUUUUUCCACAAUUCAAACUUGAAAAGACAGAAGAAAUUAACAUUAUGUACUGCUAUUCUUGUUAAUAAUAACAAGUGAUGUUUUUCAGUUAUUGAAAAUUUCCACAUAUUCUCUGAAAACAAUUGGUUUUGUUUUAAUUACUAACAUUGCUGAUAAAUAUCAAUCCAUUGAAACCUUUUAUGCUUUACAUUUGACUUUCGUUCACUUUGGAUGUGAAAUAGUUUCCUGUGACUUAUUUUUUGUAUCUUUUUUAUCCUUUACACAGUACUAUUAUUAUUAUUAUUAUUCAAAGUAAAAUGAUAAUUCUAUUCUAUCUCUUCAUAUCUUAGUUUUUAUCAAUGAAUUUUUGAAAAGAAUCUAUUCAAGAAAUUUG